AUGAAUAUGGAUUCAUUCCCUCGCCGCCCUCUAAUGCAUUGGGAGAGAAUCCACGAUACUCCUUCUUCCUCUUCGGCAUCACUCCAACCGUAUCCUCAGCCCAGAUCGAACGAGAUAGAAAAGAUAGAUAACAGCGGUAAAUCACAUAAGAUGAAGUCUAGGAGUUUUGCUGAUUUGGCUGAAGUGUUUGGUUUUGGAAACAAAGUAGCAAGACCUUCGAGUAGAUUAUCAGAAAUCUUACCCAGACCGAAAUCAAGUGCGAGUCUAGAGAGACGAUCAUCAUAUACCAAGCGUCGUUACGUCCCUCAUCAUCUCCCUACAAACGUCAUCAUUCGUAUCCUCUCCUGCUGCUCUGACGAUGUUCUCCUAAACUGCUUGACCGUAUCGAGGUUAUUUUUCAGUCUGGCUGGAACGAUCCUCUACCAACAUCUGACUCUCGAAUCACCCAAAGACAUGUGGGAUAGAUUGGUAGGAUCAACACUGUUAUACGAAAAUACCACUGGGAAGAUAUCAAUUGGUCGAAGGAGGUUUAAAGAUCGUCUAUUGAGACAUACAGAUACUAUCACCCUACAUUCUCAUGGUGAUGAUGAUGGGGAUUGUCAAGAUUCCGACUCGGAAGAAACAGAAGAUUAUCUUGGUAAUCUCAAGAGGCUAUCCAUAUUAUCACACUCACAAUCACAUUCCAGAAAUUCAUCUUCAUCAUCGGUUUUCUCAUUUGGCAAAAGGUCCAACCCUACUACACCUAUUUUGAUCACCCCCCCAAUUUCUUGUCCACCUGUAUCUCUCAGCGGAGUUAUGCCGCGGCUGUCGACCCUACGAAUCAUCUUGGCAGACGCAUACGAUUAUCAUCUAUUGUUCUGUCCAAGAUUCGGAUCAGCUUGUCCGUUAUUGGAAGGAUUGGAAUUAGAAAGAUUGAUAAUCAUCGGUGCUAGAUCACCUCUGGUGGUUUUACCUACAGCUUUCCCAUCUACGACAAUUGAGACUAGCUCACCAAUGGGUCUGACUCCAACGAUGACGAGACAUACACCGACUCCCACCACUACUUCUCCCGCUCUGGCUAGUCCUCCCAUGAUGGGUCAUAUCAAUACUGUUUCGACCAAGAUCAAAUCUUCCGGUGGAUUACCCAUAGGUCUAAGCGAGUUGACAAUCGUCUUACCUACUGGAAGAUCAUACGAUUCGAAAGAUUAUGAAGGGUAUCACAACAUAUUCCAUUACAAGAAGACUUUAGGAUCCAUAUCGAAACUUACCAUCGUAUUUCUCACUUCCCCAUCUUCAACUUCAACUUCAGCUGGAAAGGGAAACGGGUAUCGGACUGAGGACAAACAGUCAUUAUGGCAAGUAGCAUUCUAUUCUUCCAGGAACUACAACCCCACUUGGACAUCCUAUCUCUGUCUAGCAGAAGAUUUAGCCAAAGCAUGUUUAGCAGUCCCACUUGAAACUACCAUCGAGAUAGUGGGGAUGGAAAAUAUAGAUGGCGAAUUGUUAAAUAUGGGUAUAGGUACGAUGAAAGAAAGAGGUAAAUCAGGUAUGAUCAUGCGAGAACGAAUUAAACGACAGAUCGAAGUUAGACUUAUAGCUUCUAACAAGGAAUAUGAAGUGAAUAUCAAGAAUCAAUACUUGAAGUUUAGGGAUCUGGAUGAUUGGUUGGAUUGCGGAGAAGGUAGGAGACAGUUGGGUGAAAAGGGUUUCGAAGAGUUAGGCAAAGAGGGGUAUAGAGAAUUUAGAUGA